AUGCAAAUAUACAAAUGUACGGGAUUCGCUCUCCAAGAAGCAGUUUUUCCUUCCCAGUCGUUGCUUGUGCUACGAAGUUGGAAUGGGUGUAAACGUCUCUUUUCGAAUACGUAUGCGUCCCAACCAAAUGCUUUAGAUCCCACAAUCUUUCGUUCUUGGAUUCAACCGCGAUCAGCGAUCCAAUUAAGUCAGCACUCUGUCUCUGGUCGAUAUUCAUGGCGGACAUAUAUUACCAACACCACCCACCUUCCUAACCGCAAGUUUUCUUCUACCUCUUACCACCUCUUACCUCGCAACGCAAACGAAAUGGAGCAACACAGAAAAUUGGACAAGCUAGGACGCCGCAUUCAAGAAAUUGAUAAUCAAGAAGUAACUGAAACUACAGACGAGGUUCCUCCUGCCAAUGUCCUUCCCUUAGAUGGCAAAGUUGUUCAAUCUCCCGAAUUAAAAAACUUGCUUGAACGUAACUUGAAUUGGUCAAAACAAACCACUCGUAACUUUCCAUCCUUCUUCUCCGUCACCAAAGAUAUUCAAAGUCCUCAAGUUAUGUGGAUUGGAUGCUCUGACUCUCGUGUCCCUGAAACCACUGUUUUGGAUCUUUUGCCUGGCGAGGUUUUCGUCCAUCGUAAUAUCGCCAAUGUCGUUCCUCGCUCAGAUAUCAAUGCCUUGGCCGCUAUGGAGUAUUCUGUCACCGCUCUUAAAGUCAAACACAUUAUCGUCUGUGGUCACUAUGGUUGCGGAGGUGUUGCAGCUGCCAUGGGCCCCCAUACAAAUAACUUGAUGGAUCAUUGGCUUCGUCACAUCCGCGAUGUCAUUGAAGACAACCGCUCGGAACUGGACGCCAUAAAAAACCCCGAGGAACGUCGUCUGCGUCUUGCUGAAUUAAAUACCCGUGCUCAGGCCGUUUCCGUAACCCGCGUCGGUUUUGUCCGUCAAGCUAUGGAGUCCCGUGGUUUACAGGUCCAUGGCUGGGUUUAUGAUGUCGGUACAGGCAGAAUUAAGAGCUUGGAUAUCUCUGAUGCCAUCAAUAAUGCAAAAUAUAACCCUUAUAACUAA